UGUUCCUUCCCCUCCCUGGGGCUCAGUUUCUUCAUCAGUAAAAUGGGGAGCUCUAGUGUCUUGCUUCUGAGAGGUGGCGGAGCUUGUGGGUGUAAAGCACUCAAGCCUGGGCCUGGGACACAGAAGGUGUUCGUUGAAUGGGGCUGUAUUAACCGCCCUCUUGGAGGCUGGAGAGAUUUGGAGCGAAAACAAUCAGAAAACACUGGCCAGAGGUAAGAUGGCCUUAACAGGUUGGGGUCUGGGAGGAUCCCGGCUCCCGGGGGAGGAGGAUGGUGACUCCUCCUGCAUCCCUGCCCUGGACCUCCCCCAACCCUGACCAGCGGUUCAACCUCAGCCCUGCAGGCUCCAGGUGGAACUUGGAACAGCACAGACAGGAGGGUGGGAGGGAAAAGCCCAUAAAUCAGCAGGCGGAGUCUGGCCUGGCUGGGAGGGGAGGGGGCUGUGGGGCCGGGGACGUCAGAUGCCAUCAGCUCCCAGGGGACCAUUAAAGUGGCCGGCUGAGCCGUGCUGCCCGGAGGGCCAGAGUGUCUGCAGAGGUCCCCGCCUCCUCUUGCCACCUGCCCUGCUGCCCAGGUCCCCUGCCUCUCUCUGUCAAUUUGCUCGCUCGCUCGCUCUGUCUCUCUCCACUUCUCUUGAUUCUCCUGUCUUUCCUCCUGUGUUCUGUCUGUCCACUCCCAUCUCUCUCUUUGUUUUGGAUGUGUUCCUUUUCUCUAUAUCUCUGAGGCUUUUUUCCUUUUCUCUUUUGAGCGCCUCUCUUUUUCUUUCUCUCAGCUGUCUGGGUCUUUCUGUGUCUCACUCCCAACCCCCAAGUUGCAGCAACUCGGGCAUCAGAGAGCCCCGCAGUGUGUCCUGGGGAAGGCCAGACCUGCCCUCUGAGGCCAUCGACCGAAUUCCCUGCAGCGGCACUGGCAGCCAGCUCUGACUGCACUGAGCGGAGUGUGACCCUCUAGCUAGCUAUGCCCCUGCUGCCCAGCACCGUGGGUCUGGCCGGCCUGCUCCUCCUCUGGGCAUGUCAAACAGUGGACGGCUUGAUGAUGCCCAAUGCCACUCUGGCUCUGGCCAGACCUGAGGACACAGCCAUGAGGCCCCCCAGUGGCCUGGGGGUGCCCCGGUACCGACGGAAGCGUCACAUCUCCGCCCGGGACAUGAAUGCCUUAUUGGAUUAUCACAACCACAUCCGGGCCAGCGUGCACCCGCCCGCUGCCAACAUGGAGUACAUGGUCUGGGAUGAGCGGCUGGCCAGAUCCGCGGAGGCCUGGGCCUCCCAGUGCAUCUGGGCCCACGGGCCCUCACAGCUGAUGAAGUACGUGGGCCAGAACCUCUCCAUCCAUUCCGGCCGGUUCCGCUCGGUGUUGGAUCUGGUAAAGGCGUGGUCGGAGGAGAAGCGGCAUUACUUGUUCCCCGCCCCGAGGGACUGCAACCCGCACUGCCCCUGGCGCUGCAGCGGCCCCGUGUGCUCCCACUACACCCAGAUGGUGUGGGCAUCUUCCAACCGCCUGGGCUGCGCCAUCCACACCUGCAGGAGCAUCAGCGUCUGGGGCAGCACCUGGCACAGGGCUGUGUACCUGGUCUGCAACUACGCCAUUAGGGGCAACUGGCUGGGCGAGGCACCGUACAAGAUGGGGAGGCCAUGUUCCGCCUGCCCCCCCAGUUACCAAGGCAGCUGCAGUAGCAACAUGUGCUUCUCCGGGCUCAAGUCCAACAGGCUCCAGUGGAUCUGAAGUCGCCCUGGGCCCCGGGGCACCUCCAGCUGGGCCCGACCCUGCAGGGGUCCCACCCACCUACCCAGGACAGAAGCUGGCCACAGGGCACUCACCGCCUCUUGCCUCCCAGGUUCUCUCCCGAACAUCCGGCUGGAUGAGAAGAGAAGCCCUUGCCUGCUUCCCUUCUUUCUCCCCUCCGGCCUCUGCAUCUUUCAUCAAGUCCUUCUCAGAGAGCGAGCCGGGGCUGCGGGGAGCGGGCCUGCACUCUUAGGCUUCAAACUCAACAGACUUUGCCCAUCCAAUAAA